AUGACUGGUCAGGAUUUGCAAGAGCCUCAAACUCGGGUCGGAAACGCUGAAGAGCAGCAGUAUUUGGACCUAUGUGAACGACUCAUUCAAGAAGGUGAGUUCAGACCUGAUAGAACUGGUACAGGUACCUACAGCUUGUUUGCACCACCUCAGCUACGGUUCAACCUUGCCAAUGACUCUUUUCCCCUGCUGACGACAAAGAAAGUUUUCACCAAGGGAAUCAUACUGGAGCUACUGUGGUUCAUUUCUGGUUGUACUGAUGGUAAGAAGCUAUCUGAGCAGGGGGUCAAAAUUUGGGAGGGAAAUGGAUCUAGAGAGUACCUUGAUAAGCUGGGAUUGCACGAGAGACGUGAGGGAGAUUUGGGGCCGGUUUAUGGAUUUCAAUGGAGGCAUUUUGGUGCUAAAUACAAGACAUGCGAUGACGACUACACUGGCCAAGGAUUUGAUCAAUUGGCCGAUUUGAUCUCAAAGCUAAAGAACAAUCCAUACGACAGAAGAAUCAUCAUGAGUGCAUGGAAUCCACCAGAUUUCCCAUCGAUGGCUUUGCCGCCAUGUCAUGUCUUUUCUCAGUUCUAUGUCAGUUUUCCUGAGAAUGGAAAGCCAAGACUUUCUUGUCUACUGUAUCAAAGAUCCUGUGAUAUGGGACUAGGAGUGCCCUUCAACAUUGCAUCGUAUGCGCUUCUGACCAAGAUGGUUGCCCAUGUCUGCGAUAUGGAACCUGGUGAGUUUAUUCAUACCAUGGGUGAUGCUCAUGUUUACAAAGAUCACAUCGAUGCUCUCAAGGAGCAAAUAUCUAGAAAACCAACUGAGUUCCCAAAAUUGAGAAUAAAGAGGAAAGUGGACAAUAUUGAUGAUUUCAGAUACGAGGAUUUCGAGAUAAAGGAUUAUCAUCCACAAAGUAAAAUUCAGAUGAAGAUGAGUGUUUGA